UUACAAAAUACAAAUAUCAACUUUAAACACUUUAAACGACAUAACAUUUACGACUACAGUCUACGAUCAUCGACUUGCAACUGCUGUAAUUCGAACUUACUGCUACAGUAAUGCAGUAAUACAUUACUUGUCGACGUAUAGAAGUUGAAAACCUUUGUAUUUAGUUGGACGUACGACAAACAUUCAAUUUUCGAGCUCCGAGUUCUUACGAAAUACAAAUUUUUGUAUUUCGGAAUUCGGAGUUCAUUCGGCGAGCAUAAGAGUUACAUUAACCUAAUCUGGCUUAAUUCAGUCAUUAUUAUUAUUUAGCUAUACAUAACUAACAUUAUGUCGUGUCAAAUUACAUAUUCUCGUCAAGUAUUGCAACGAGUUAGUGACCGUAAAAAAAGGAAACUAGCCAUUGACGAUUCAGAUAAAAUAUCAAAUCGUAAUUUAGAUUUAUUCGUAGAUUCUCAGUUAAAAGUGAUCGAAGAUUCUCAAACAUCAUUGAAAGAGCAUAGAGAUUUGUUUGGUGAACUUAUACCACAAGAUGAGUUGGCUAGCAAUGCAGAAACUAAAAACAAAUCAACCAAAAAAACACCAGUAUCAAAGAAAAAGAAACAACCAGGUGAAAAAAUUACAAUUGAUAGUCCAGUAAUUAGACCAAAACGGGUAUUUAUUCCUACUCCAAAAUUCAUGAAGUUAAUGGAGGAGGCGCAAACAGAAUUAUACUCUUUAAUGGGCAUUAACAAAAGUUCAAGUGACGUUUCAGUUGUAACAACUGAUAGUCUUGAUGUCAGUGGAAUACAAGAUUUACAAGAUAGCCCUAUAAAAAGUAUAAGGAAUGAGUCUAAAACAAAUUUAAAGAAUAAUGAUAAUGACAAGGAAUCCCGACAAGUUCUCAAAGGAGUUGUUGCAUUUGUUGAUUACAAGAUUGACAAAGAUCGAAGUGAUUCAAGUAUUACUCAAUGUCUCAUUGAUUUAGGUGCCAAAGUAGAAAAAACAUUCAAUCAAAAAGUUACCCAUGUGAUGUUUUGUGAUGGCUUACGUAGUACCUAUAAUAAAGCAAUCAAACGUAAUAUCCCACUAGUAUCAGCAAGGUGGAUGGAAUACAGUAAAUUAGCUAAUAAGAUGUUGGAUCCACUUGACUACCCUCCCGUUGAUAUGGAAAAAUAUACAAAAACACCAACAACAAAUAUUAAUAUUCCAGUAAGCAAAACAUAUAAAAAAUUUUUAAGACCAAGUAAUAUUGAACGUGACCAGAUAUUUAAAUCUAAUUGUGAUAAUCUUAUGGAAAGAUUUAACAACUUCAAUAUGAAUCUGAAUAAUGAAAAUAAAGAAAACAGUCCUAUCAUUGAAACCGAAGAGAAUGGCCCUAUCAUUGAGACCGAAAAGAACAGUCUUAUCAUUGAAACCGAAGAGAAUGGUCCUAUCAUUGAAACCCCCAAAAAAUCUACUGUUAACAAAUUAGUUGAUCCUUACAAAACAAAUGAUGUUGUCAAUAUAUUAUCUGAUCAGUUAUGUAAAGUAUUAAACAAAAUCGAUAGUCCAGUACCAGAUGACCAAAUUGAAGACCUAUAUAUUCCAAUGUCAAUUAAAGUAUUAAGAAAAUAUCUCACACCCAAUGGGAAGGAAAAUACAACUUAUACAGAAUUAGAUAGUGAACUAGCUAAAAUUGAAGAACGGCUAAAUUUAAAUUUUCAAGCUAGACAACGUUUUCGUAAGCUAUUAUUUCCUUCAGAUAAGAAUUUGUAUAACACGAGCACUGUCAGUGAUUUCCCAUCACCGUCACCUGAAAAAUUGAGAAUCAGUGCUCCUUCAAGGUUAAUUAGUACAAGGAAACGAAAAACAAUGCUUGGUGAUAAAUCGUUAUCUAAUACCAAAAACAUAAAUAGUAAUAAAAAAACACCAACACAAAAUAAUGUUAAAAUGAAUUCCUUAAAAUGGCAAAUACCUUCAGAUCUACGUCCAAAAAAAACAAAAAAAAUCUGUGUUCAAAAAGGAAAAAGCAUUAAAACAACUCAAACCAAAGACACUGUUUCUAGUAUGAUGUCCAGAAAUUCUUCUACAAUAUUUCAAACACCAAAAACCUCUUUAGCUAGCCCUGUAAUAUCACAGUCAAUUGCAUGUAGUGGGAUGACAAAAAGAGAAACAAAUGUUUUAAAAUCAUCUAUACAAGACUUAGGAACAUUCCUUUUUCAUAAUAAGGUGGAACCUUCGACUAAUUUUUUAAUUACCAAACCACGACCAAAUCGAACAUUAAAUAUUGUAUUUGCAAUGGCUUAUGGAUGUUUCAUUGUUUCUGAAAAUUGGGUACAUGAAUCACACAAAAUUGGUAGAUGGCUAUCGCAUGAACAAUAUUUAAUCUCAGAUUUGUCUGAACGUGUUAAAGAAUUUCAAAUACGACGUCAUACAUUUGGAUCAUUAUUAACAUUUCAUAUAUUUGAUAAUGCUGGCAGAAUAUACAUAUCAGAUACCUGUGAUCCGCCUUCUAAAGUUUUAAGACGACUGGUACGUGCAUGCGGUGGCCAUUGUACAAGUACUGUGACUAAAGCCGAUGUAGUGGUUGGUUUUACACCUCAAAUAAAUAAUAAUAUUCAUGAAAAAUGGAUUUUGGAUUGCAUAACCCAAGGGAUAUUGCUUAAUAAAAAUCAGUAUACUAUGAUAGUUAAUACUAGUGAUAUUAUGAUCUAAAAUAAUUUUCACAUGUGUUGAUUUUUAUGUAUAAUUUUAAUUUUGCUUAACUAAUUGUUUUGUUAUUUUAA